AUUUGCUGGAAUUUCUAGUUUGGACCCAAUAUUUAAUGGUGAGCUGACGUUAUGGAGAGAUGGUGACUAGUAAGCCUGGCCCGGCCCACAGGCCCCACACACAACAAGCCCAUGCAUUGGCCCAUAAAAAAAUAAAUGUUCAACCAAAAACAAGUACAUAAAUAAAGGAAAAAUUACCUCUCUCCCCCGAACUAUUGACGCAGGAUUUUCAAUUUUUUUAGGACAUUUGCCCCCCAGAAAACUUUAUUAGUUCAUUUUUCUUUUUGGUGUGUAUCGGUGUUUGGAAGAUCAAUGAGUCUUGAUUAUGCCUGUUCGUGUCCGACUCUAUUAGUGUUAUGAACUAGUCUAAAAUAACCAUCAUAUAUGGUGACAUAGUGGUUCUAAAUUUAAUCACAUAUGGUUUGGAAACUCCAAGGUCUCGAGUUCAAAUCUCCAAAGGAAUAUAUGCUAGGGUGGAUUCUUCAACUUGGGCCUGGGUCAUUUUCCGAUUUCUGUGAACUAUACUAGAUCUCUGAUGGUAUCACGCUGACAAGACCAGUGCUUGCAUUGGUUGUUCAGUUCAUCUGAUAUGUUCGCGGUUGAAUACGAAAUCCCGUACUAUGACGUAGUGAGAGUGGUAAAGUUACCAUUACUGUUACCCUCCAUUUAAUUCAUUAAAAAAAAGGAAAAAAGAACCAGUCUAUAUAAUCUUAAAAGUAGGGCUCGACUAAUAACCCAAGAAAAGAAAAAGAAAAAGAAAAAGAAAAAGUAGGCCUGGACUAAUUUGAAUUACAUGUUAAUCUUAGACCGAUGGAAAGCUUUAUUAUUAUUAUUUUCUUUUUUCAGUCAGAGAUUUUCAUAAGCAUGGAGACAUGAUAAUGCCCUUUUUAAGGUAAGCAAUAUCUGAUUGAGAUUAAUCCAUUAAAAAAUGUGAUAUAAUAGCAGUCCUGUUUACCUAGACAGAAUAAAAGGCAAGACUUUGACUUGAGAAAAUGGAAAACGAAUUAAAGUGGUCAAAGCGAAGGGCCUUGCUAAAACCUUGAGCAGCCCACAAACUAAACCCCCAAACCGCCAGCAAACUUCUUGGACAAAUAUGCCCCUGAGUUUGGAAACCCAGCAGCCGUCCUUCCCCAUUUAUUGAUUCCGUAAAUAGGGCUAAACUCGAGGGGCAAAACCGUCGUAACAGUAAAACUGUCCCACUGAUUCCUUACUAAACCUCCGGCCCACCCGCUCCUGUUAUAAAGGUGUCCCGCCCGAAAUACCAUUGUCAGCACAUUUGAUAUCAGUUCUCCUAGCACAUCCCUUCAUGCAUCGAUGGAUCCAAUCCUGAAGAGGCUUAACUUCUUUUAUCGAUCUGUGCGGGUCUUGAUCGCGGCCCCGGCAAUGGCCAAAGGGAAGUACCGGCGUGUGCAGGCUCUACGGGCGACGAGGUACAGGGCGGUGUUGAUGUUAUUCCUGGGGCUGACAGCGGUGUUACUGGCCCUGCUCAUACUCGGCAUCGUGUCACUGCCCGUCGGGAGCCAUGUCUCCCCGCCCAUUCCUUUCAGCUCCCUCACCGCCCUCAGGCGUCAGACCUCUGAAUGGAGGAGAGGUGAGGGGUUGGGGACGAGAGGGAAGCAAUGGACUCAGGUGCUCUCAUGGGAGCCCAGAGCGUUUCUCUAUCACAACUUCCUGUCGAAGGAAGAAUGCGAGUACUUGAUAAGCCUUGCUAAGCCUCACUUGGCAAAAUCAACUGUUGUCGACGACAAAUCCGGAGGAAGCGUAGAUAGCAACGUCCGUACGAGCAACGGGAUGUUCCUGAGGAGAGGACAGGAUAGAAUCAUCAGGGACAUCGAGAAAAGGAUUGCGGAUUUCACCUUCAUCCCCGCAGAGCAUGGAGAAGGACUACAGAUUCUGCACUAUGAAUUUGGCCAGAAAUACGAGCCUCAUCACGAUUACUUCGGCGAUCCUUUCAACACCAGAAACGGGGGGCAGCGCACUGCCACUAUGCUGAUGUAUCUAUCAGAUGUUGAAGAAGGGGGAGAAACAGUUUUCCCGUAUGCGAAAGCAAACUUCAGUGACGUGCCCUGGUGGAACGAGUUAUCUGAGUGUGGGAAGAGGGGAUUGGCUGUAAAACCAAAGAUGGGGAAUGCGGUGUUAUUUUGGAGCACAAAACCUGAUGGCACGGUCGACCCUGCAAGUUUGCACGGGAGUUGUCCCGUGAUUAAAGGAGACAAGUGGUCAGCACCAAAGUGGAUGCGUCUCGAAGAGUACAAGGUCUAGUCGACCAUAUGUGCAGGGAAGGAACUGUACAUAACGGCCCGCUGGAUAUCACACAAGGAGUAACUAAUUUCAUACAACUUACCCCGAGAUGCUGAUAUAUAUAUAUAUAUAUAUAUAUUUUUGAAUAACAGAGUUUGUGUAUUUAUAUAGCCGGCGGUUUUGUGAUUUGUAGACUUGCGAGAUUGUUCUUUAAAGUGUUUGAUUGAUUCUUGAUAGCAGAAGGAAAAAUGCACCUUAAAGUGUAAGUUCUUAUCUUUGUGAGUUCGAAAUCUCCGUUAUAUGGAACUGACUAUAUCAAUGGAUCA